CCGAGGGCGGCUGUUGGGCGGGCCUGGGCCCCGGAGCAGCCGCUGAGGGGCUCGGAGCCGGCCGGGGCGGGGCAGAGGGUGGCGGGAGGGCGCGAAGGCGGGCCGGGGGCCGGUUCCGCGCGCAGGGAUUUUUAAAUGUCCCGCUCUUAGCCGGGCGCAGGAGCAGCCGGCUCGGCCGCCAGCGCGGUGUAGGGGGCAGGCGCGGAUCCCGCCACCGCCGCGCGCUCGGCCCGCCGCCGCCUCCCGCCUCCCGCCUCCCGGCCUCCCGCUCGCUCUACCGGCUGCCUCCGGCCUCGGCUCGUGCCGCCUACCUGCCGCGGAGACGGCUUCGGGCCUGCGGUCUGACCCCACGCCCUGCGCCAUGCCGAGAGAGAGGAGGGAGAGGGAUGCGAAGGAACAGGGCACCAUGAAAGAGGAAUGUGGCACUGAUGUCUCUGUUCGCUCCAGGAAAAGGAAGGCAAAUGUGGCCGUUUUUUUGCAGGAUCCAGAUGAAGAAAUUGCCAAAAUUGCCAGGACUGUGAGAAGCCAGUGUGGCAGUCAGCCUUGGGACAGUAAUGCAGCCUGUGAAAACCCCUGCUCCUUGAUUCCCACACCUGACAAAGAAGAGGAUGAGCUGGGGUACCCAAGUUCUGCAAAUGAGCCUCCGAGUUUCAUGCCAUCCAGAGCCUCCCCGCUGCCUGUACUAAACUGGGCGAAUAGAGAGGAGGUUUGGAAAAUUAUGCUAAACAAGGAAAAGAUAUACUUACGGGAUAAGCACUUUAUGCAGCGGCACCCCCUUCUGCAGCCUAAAAUGCGAGCGAUUCUUCUGGACUGGUUAAUGGAGGUGUGUGAAGUCUAUAAACUUCACAGAGAGACAUUUUACUUGGCACAGGACUUCUUUGAUCGGUAUAUGGCAACACAACAAGAUGUUGUAAAGACACUUUUACAGCUUAUUGGGAUUUCAUCUUUAUUUAUUGCUGCCAAACUUGAGGAGAUCUAUCCUCCAAAGUUGCACCAGUUUGCUUAUGUUACAGAUGGGGCUUGUUCAGUAGAUGAAAUUCUUAACAUGGAAUUAAUCAUUAUGAAAGCCCUUAAGUGGCAUUUAAGUCCCCUGACCACUGUGUCCUGGCUGAAUGUGUACAUGCAGGUUGCAUAUCUCAAUGAUUUAUAUGAAGUGCUCCUGCCUCGGUAUCCCCAGCAAAUCUUCAUACAGAUUGCAGAGCUUUUAGAUCUCUGUGUCCUGGAUGUUGGCUGCUUAGAAUUUUCCUAUGGUGUGCUUGCUGCUUCUGCCUUGUAUCAUUUCUCUUCAUCUGAAUUGAUGCAGAAGGUUUCAGGGUAUCAGUGGUGUGAUAUAGAGAAGUGUGUCAAAUGGAUGGUUCCAUUUGCCAUGGUUAUAAGGGAGACAGGAAGUUCCAAACUGAAGCACUUCCAGGGAGUUCCUUCUGAAGAUGCACACAACAUCCAGACCCACAUAAACAGCUUGGACUUGCUGGACAAAGCCCAAGCAAAGAAAGCCAUAUUGUCUGAACAAAAUAGGAUUUCUCCUCUCCCCAGUGGUGUACUCACCCCGCCUCAGAGCAGUAAGAAGCAGAGCAGUGGGCAGGGCCCCACAGAGUGACCACACUGGCAUUCUCCACCAAAGACAGUUGUGCAAAGUGCCUGCUCCACAUCGUCUUCUGUGCCCUGCAGCAGAGGUGUACAUUAGCUUUUACAGAUAUUUAAAUGGAAAAGCAUGUCUCUUCCACAGCAGAAGUGUUUCUGUGAUGGCAUUGGACAGGGAGAAGUGUUUUUUAUUGAAUGCUUAGAUUUUUUAAAUAAGUGGGUCAAGUACACCAGCCACCUCCAGAACACCUGUGAGUGCUCCAGAUGCUGCUAAGGAGGGUGAUACUUGACUUAAUUGACUGUUCAUUCACACAAAUAAAGGCUUGAAUUUGAGGAGUGCCAUGUUGCUGUUGGUCUCCCCUUGGGCGUUCUGGAUUGUGUCAUGCUAAGCGGAAAAGGUGGUUUUGAACGUUGUGAUGUAGAGCCUGCAACCGGCUGUGCCGGGGGCCUGCCCUUUUCACACUAUCAGUUGACAAUGUACAAUGCCUUUUAUGAACUAUCAUUUUGUAAGUGCUGCUAUGUCUAUCCAUUUUUUAAUAAAGAUAACACUGUCUUUGA